AUGCUAAAUACAGAAUCUUUUGAGAAGGCGCCGGAGCUAACACCGCAGUCCCCGACAUCUCCCAGAUCGCUUUACAGCAAACAUAUUAUCUUGACAACUUACCCUGGCCAAAGUGGUAUUGACCCUGUUCCACUCGAAUGGGGUGCGUCAGAUGCCAAAUCCAGAGGCCCAAUCGUGGUGUCUCGCAGUGGUAAUCUGGUGAAGCGUCGCAACGCAAUCGGUGCGCAUGGCGGCAGUUACAGUAUAUACAAUGCGCUUGCCAUCGCCGCCGCCAACUUUCGACUUCCCUCCCAGCCAUCGUGGGCCGAUAAGACCAAGAUUGUGUCGAUGGACCCAUAUGGGCACGAUAUCGUCAACAAAUACAAAGAAGAGUUGGAAGCGGGCUGGGAUAUCCGACCCACUAUGGCCAUUACCCGUGCUAAUAUGAAGUUAGCUGAGAUUGCAGAGUCGGUAAGAGAGGGUCAGCUUGAGGUGGAUGGAUCCAUUGUGGUAGACUCCUCAGGCGAAGUACGUGUGACCAAGGUUGCUGUGGAGCCCGUCUGGUAUCUCCCGGGAGUGGCUGAUCGAUUUGGUGUUGAUGAGGGAACCCUUCGCCGAACUCUGUUUGAGCAUACUGGCGGCAGCUAUCCCGAAUUGAUCACCCGCCCCGAUCUCAAGAUCUUUCUCCCUCCAAUUGGUGGACUCACGGUCUAUAUUUUCGGCCCUCCAGAGCGCGUAUCGGACGAGAACGUGAAGUUAGCUCUUCGCAUCCAUGAUGAAUGCAAUGGCAGCGACGUUUUCCAAUCUGAUAUUUGUACAUGCCGGCCUUAUCUGGCGUUCGGUAUUCGAGAGGCGAUCCGCGAGGCCCAGAAUGGUGGAAGCGGCGUCGUCAUCUACUUUCGCAAAGAAGGGCGGGCCUUGGGUGAAGUGAUCAAAUACCUGGUAUACAAUGCCCGCAAGCGUGGUGGAGAUACCGCCGAUAAGUACUUCACGCGCACCGAAAAUAUUGCAGGGGUACGAGAUAUGCGAUUUCAAGCUCUCAUGCCCGAUAUUCUACACUGGCUUGGUAUAAAGAAAAUUGAUCGGAUGUUAUCGAUGUCAAAUAUGAAACAUGACGCUAUCGUUGAGUCUGGAAUCAAGAUCUUAGAACGUAUUCCCAUUCCCGAGGAUAUGAUUCCUAGCGACUCGCGAGUUGAAAUUGAUGCCAAGAUCAACGCAGGGUAUUUCACCACUGGUAAGCAAUUCACAAUGGAGGAACUAUCGCAGGUUCGUGGGCGUGGCUGGGAGAAAUGGGAAGAUAUCGCGGUACGUGGCCCCAUUCUAUAG